AUGAAGUCCGGCCUGAGGAAGAUGCUGCGCCCUGGAGAGAAGAAAGAGCCCCAGGGCGUAGUCUACGAGGGUGUGGAGGAAGACAUGGACGACGGCAAAGACUCCUUUAAGGUGGCUUUUGAAAGAAAUGCAUGUAGAUUGCAAAACUUCAUCAAGCAAAAAUGCAGUUCAAGCCGAUGCAGGGAUAUGAAUGCCUCUCCUCUGCAUCACGCUGCAGCACAAGGUCAAGUGGAGCUGAUGGAGAUGAUCCUCAGUGACUCCUGCUGUGAUGUGCUGAAUGCAAUGGAUAAUUAUGGAAAUACCCCUCUGCACUGGGCUGCAGAAAAUAACCAGGUCACAAGUGUUACCUUUCUUCUCAUCAGAGGGGCAAACCCUAACCUCAGAAAUAACAACAUGAUGGCACCACUCCAUAUAGCUGUGCAGUGCUGGCACAAUGAGGUGUUAAAGGCCUUGCUGGAGCACAGAAGUACUGAUAUUAAUUUGGAAGGAGAAAAUGGAAACACAGCUAUUAUAAAUGCAUGUUCCAAAGAUAAUAGUGAAGCACUGACAAUUUUGUUAAAUAAAGGAGCCAAGUUUUGCGUACCAAAUAAAUGGGGAAGCUUCCCUGUUCAUCAGGCUGCAUUUUCAGGUGCCAAAAAAUGCAUGGAAAUACUACUAAAGUUUGGUGAAGAACUGGGAUAUAGUAGACAGUUUCAUAUUAACUUUGUCAAUAAUGGAAAACAUAGCCCUCUCCACAUGGCAGUUCAAAGUGGCGACUUGGAAAUGAUCAAAAUGUGCCUAGACAAUGGUGCACAGAUAGAUCUGGUGGAGAAUGGGAAGUGCACACCCCUUCAUUUUGCUGCCACCCAGGGAGCCACCGAGAUUGUUAAAUUGAUGAUAUCCUCCUACUCUGGUGAUAGCGAUAUUGUUAACGUGGUGGACGGAAAUCAGGAGACGCUGCUUCACAGAGCCUCAUUAUUUGAUCACCAUGGACUUGCAGACUUUUUAAUUUCAAUGGGAGCAGAUAUUAAUAGCAUCGAUUCCGAAGGACGUUCCCCACUUCUACUAGCAACGGCUUCUGCAUCUUGGAAUAUUGUGAAUUUGCUCCUUUCUAAAGGUGCCCAUGUAGACAUAAAGGAUAAUCUUGGACGUAAUUUUUUGCAUUUGACUGUACAACAACGUAAUGGAUUAAAGAAUUUGCAACCUGAGUUUAUGCAGAUGCAACAUAUUAAAGAGCUGGUCAUGGAUGAAGACAACAAUGGUUGUACUCCUCUACAUUAUGCAUGUAGACAGGGAGUUCCUGGCUCUGUAAAUAAUCUUCUUCACUUUAAUGUGUCCCUUCAUUCCAAAAGCAAAGAUAAGAAAUCACCUCUACAUUUUGCAGCCAGUUAUGGACGUAUCAAUACUUGCCAGAGGCUCCUACAAGACAUAACCGAUAUGAGGCUUUUGAAUGAAGGUGAUCUUCAUGGAAUGACUCCUCUCCAUUUGGCAGCAAAAAAUGGACAUGAUAAAGUUGUUCAUCUUCUCCUGAAAAAGGGUGCAUUAUUUCUCAGUGACCACUAUGGCUGGACUGCUUUGCAUCAUGCUUCUAUGGGCGGGUACACUCAAACCAUGAAGGUCAUUCUUGAUACCAAUUUGAAAUGCACAGAUCAGCUAGACGAAGACGGGAACACUGCACUUCACUUUGCUGCAAGGGAAGGCCAUGCCAAAGCCGUUGCAGUUCUUCUGAGCUAUGAUGCUGGAAUUGUCCUGAACAAGCAGGAUGCCUCCUUUUUGCAUGUUGCAAUUCACAAUAAAAGAAAGGAUGUGGUUCUUACCACCAUCAGGAACAAAAGAUGGGAAGAAUGUCUUAAGGCAUUUAGUCAUUAUUCUCAAAGUAAUAAAUGUCCAAUCAUGGAAAUGGUGGAGUAUCUUCCUGAAUGCAUGAAAGAACUUCUAGACCUAUGCAUGCUGCACUCUACAGAGGACAAGUCGUGCAUAGACUACCAUAUCGAGUAUAAUUUCAGGUAUCUUCAAUGUCCACUAGAAUUAACCAAAAAAACAUCUCCUGUACAGGAUGUUACAUAUGAGCCUCUUACAACACUCAAUGCAAUGGUAAAGUAUAACCGCAUAGAGCUUCUCAACCAUCCUGUUUGUAAAGAAUAUUUAUAUAUGAAAUGGCUGGCUUAUGGGUUUAGAGCCCAUUUAAUGAACCUAGGAUCUUACUGUCUUGGUCUCAUACCUAUGACCUUACUUGUUGUCAAUAUAAAGCCAGGAAUGGGUUUCAACUCAACUGGAAUCAUCAAUGAAACUAGUAAUCGUUCAGAAAUGUUAGACACCAAGGAUUCAUAUCUUAUAAGAGUUUGUAUGAUUUUAGUUUUUUUAUCAAGUAUACUUGGGUAUUGCAAAGAAGUGGCCCAGAUUUUCCAGCAGAAAAGGAAUUACUUUUGGGAUCAUAGCAAUGCAGUUGAAUGGAUUAUCUAUACAACGAGCAUCAUUUUUGUAUUGCCCUUGUUCACUGGCAUACCAGCUCAUGUGCAGUGGCAGUGUGGAGCAAUUUCUAUAUUCUUGUAUUGGAUGAACUUCUUAUUAUAUCUUCAGAGAUUUGAAAAUUGUGGAAUUUUCAUUGUUAUGUUGGAAGUAAUUAUGAAAACCUUGUUAAGGUCCACGGUUGUGUUUGUUUUCCUUCUUCUGGCCUUUGGACUCAGCUUUUAUGUCCUCCUGAGUUUACAGGAUGCCUUCAGCAAUCCAUUCCUCUCUAUCAUCCAGACCUUCAGCAUGAUGCUCGGAGAUAUCAAUUAUCGUGAUUCUUUUCUAGAACCCUUUUUGAGGAAUGAGUUAGCAUACCCAGUUCUAUCCUUUAUACAAUUGAUUACCUUCACAAUGUUUGUUCCAAUUGUCCUCAUGAAUUUACUUAUUGGUUUGGCAGUUGGUGACAUUGCUGAGGUACAAAAACAUGCAUUAUUGAAGAGGAUUGCUAUGCAGGUGAAACUUCAUACCAGCUUAGAGAAGAAGCUGCCGAUCUGGUUCCUACGCAAAGUGGAUCAGCCGAGCAUCACCGUGUACCCCAACAGACCCAGAUACCAGGGAGGGUUAAUAUGUAUAUUUCAUUGUAUGUUCUCCAUCCAAGAAACAAGACAAGAAGUACCAAAUGUCGAUACAUCUUUAGAAACAGAAAUAUUGAAGCAGAAGUACAGGUUAAAGGAUCUCACUUCUCUUCAGGAAAAACAGUUUGAGCUCAUUAAACUCAUCAUUCAGAAAAUGGAGAUCAUCUCAGAGACAGAGGAUGAAGAUAACCACAAUUCUUUUCAAGAUAAGUUUAAAAAACAGCAGCUAGAACAAGGGAAUAGCAAAUGGAAUUCUGUGUUGAGAGCAGUAAAGGCACAGUGUUCUUAG